AUGCAUCACCACGGCCACCAGGGGCCCCCCGGGGGGGCCCCCCAGCUGCAGCACCAGCAGCACCAGCAGCCGUACCCUCACUCUGCAGGGUACGGGGGCCCCCAUGGGGCCCCUGAACCCGAAACCCUCCCCCCUCCUACUAUGGGGGGCCCCGCCCAGGGGGGCCCACCCCAUAUGCAGAGAGCAGCAGCAGGAGGGGCGCAGCUGCAGCAGCAGCAGCAGCAGCCGCUGCCUCCUCAUCAUAUGAUGGGGGGGCCCCCGCAGCAAAGUUUCUUGAGGGGUCGUGGCGGACAGCAGCAGCAGCAGCAACAACAGCAACAGCAGCAGCAGCUUCCUGCUGCGGAUGGCCACCAGCAGCAGCAGCAGCCCGUAGCACAUCCUUAUGAUCCGCAUCAUCUGCAGCAGCAGCAGCAAGCAGCAGCAGCAGCAGCAAUGAUGCAUGGGGGGGGUAGGGUAGCCCCAAUGCUGCUAGGCCCCGCAGCAGCAGCAGCACCGGGGCCCCUUGGUGAGGGUCCUGGGGGCCCCCACCAUGGGGGCCCCCCUCCUCGCUUCGAUGGGCCGCACCACCCUGGUGAAGCGCUGCAGCAGCAGCAUCAUCAGCAGCAGCAGCUGCUGCUGCUGCAGGUGCGUGACCUGCAGGAACAGGGGGCAGAGAGAGGGGGGCCCCCCCACGCUAUGCAUAUAGACCCCCAUCAUCACCACCCGUAUGGGCGGGGGGCCCCCCCUGGCGUUGGUGAUGCUGCGCUGCAGCAGCAGCAGCACCACCACGUAGGUGGCCCCCACGGUGCAGCAGCAGCAGCAGCAGCUGCAGCAGCAGCAGCAGCAGCAGGGUACCGCUAUGAUGCUGUCCCGUUAGUAGCAGGGGCCUAUGGGGCCCCCCUAGCUGUGUACCCUGCAUAUGGUGAAGUAUGGGGGGGCCCCUCGGGGGCCCUCCAGCACCGGCCGCAGCAGCACCCGCUGCAGCAAGCGGGGCCCCGCAAGAAGAACGCGUUGGAGAUCAGAGACCCCAAGACAGGCAGAGUGAUCAACGGCGACCCCUCACUGACGGAGCAGCAGCAGCAGCCGCAGCAGCAGCAGCAGCAGCAGCAGCAGCAGCAACAGCAGCAGCAGCAGCAACAGCAGCAGCAACAACCGCAACAGCAGGCGACUGCUAAUGUUAAUGCGCCACAGCAAGGAGCUGACACAACUGCUGCUGCUCAGGCAGACCAGCAGCAGCAAGCUGCCAGCAGCAGCAGCAGCAGCAGCAGCAGCGCAGCGCCGACCCAAUCGGACGCUGCAGCACCGCAGACCGAUAGUGCGCAGCAGCAGCAGCAGCAGCAGCAGCAGCAGCAACAGCCGCAGCAACAGGAGCCGCAGCAAGCGGGCGAUGCAGCAGGUGCAGCAGCAGCAGCAGCAGCAGCAGCAGCAACAGCAGCAGCAGCAGCAGCAGGAGGCGUAGCGCGGCGAACAAACUCUGGGGACUUCGUGCCCUCGGCGCAGACAGCCAAGAGAGAGCGAAGGAAGGUUCAGAAUGCAGCAGCAAGAAGUAUGCCGCAGCAGCAGCAGCAGCAACAGCAGCAGCAGCAAGCUGCUGCUGCUGCUGCUGCUGCAGCAGAUGCAGCAGCAGACACGGGGGCGGGACCUGGGCCCCUGGCGGGGGCCCCCGGCGGCCGUAGAAGCAACGAGAGCCUGUCUAUGCCCCCCCCACCACCACCACCACCACCGCAGCAGCAGCAGCAGCAGCAACAGCAGCAGCAGCAGCAGCAGCAUGAGUGCGUGUCUGAUAUGAUGGGGACGCCGCAGCAGCAUGAAGGAGAGGGCGCCCCAGUAGUUGCAGGUGGCAUCGACGGACAGCAGCAGCAGCAGCCGCAGCAGCAGCAGCAGCAGCAGCCGCAGCAGCAGCAGCAGCAGCAGCCGGCACCGGGCGGCAUGAUGCGAUCGCUAGCUGAAUGUGGGGGCCCCCCUCGCUCCUAUGGAGAGGGGCCCCCCCCUCCUCCGCUGGGUAUAGAGGCCCCCCGGUGUUUGUCUUACGGCCGCCUGCUGCACCAGGGUGCCGUGGGGGCCCUACCUGCUGCUCCCUAUGCGCCCCCGUAUCACCUGCAGCAGCAGCAGCAGCAGCAGCAGCAGCAGCAGCACGCGCAGCAGCAGCAGCAGCAGGGCAGACCCAUGCAGCAGCACCACAGUCAAUCCCACCACGCGCAGCAGUUCCUCAGCGCCGGAGAAACAGCAGCAGGGGGCCCCCAAGGGGGGCCCCCAGGGGGGGCCCCCGGGGGCCCCCCAGGUCGGGGCCCCCGAGGGGAGCGGACGAGGCGCAAGGCGGAUCGCCAAGCCAGCGCGCGGCAGCAGCAGCAGCAGCAGCAGCAUGCGCAGCAGCAGCAUGCUCAGCAGCAGCAGCAUGCGCAGCAGCAGCCACACGGAGCUGCUGCAUGCGACCUGCACCAGCAGCAGCAGCAACAGCCGCCGCAGCAUCCACUUAGCGGCACGGACAGUGCAGCAGCGGGGCUGCAGCAGCAGCAGCAGCAGCAUCCGCAGCAGCAUCCGCACCUGAUGGAGGGUGGUGCUGCAGCAGGGCAGCAGCAGCAGCAGCAGCAACAGCAGCAGCAGGAGCUGCUGCAGGGGGGCCUCAUACAGCCCCCGCAGAUGCUGGGGGCCCUCCCCCCCCAGCUGCUGCCUCUCGGCAUGCAGCAACCAGGGUACCACUACCUGCUGGCUGGGGGUGAUCUGAGGGGCCCCCAGCAGCUGCCGCACCUAGCAGCAGCAGCAGCAGCAGCAGCAGCAGGGGGCCCGCAGCAGAUGCAGGCAUUUGGUUCUGCUGGUCGUCCUGGUGCUGGGGCUCCCCUGCAUCCGAGUCAAGCAGCAGCAGCAGCAGCAGCAGCAGCAGCAGGUGCUGCAGCAGCAAUUCCUGUGUACGGCAUCGUCGGCAGCAACUUGCUGCCGUGUGGGGCGGGGCUGCCGCUGCCGCACUGCGGCGACAUGCCGCUGGUGAUGCAGGCAUCUGUGCCCCCGCCGCUGCUGCAUGUGAUGCAGCAGCAGCAGCAGCAGCAGCAGCAGCAGCAGCAGCAACCGGGACCUCUCGCUGCAGCAGCCCCUCCACCCCUCCAUGUUGCUGCUGCACCUGCUGCUGCUCCUGCUGCAGAUGGGAGACAGCAGCAACACCCACGACCAGAUCCUGCGCUGCAGCAGCAGCACUUCAGAAUGCAGCAGCAGCAGCAGCAGCAGCAGCAGCAAGGAGGUGGCGGCCGGGCCUUGUCUCGCCCUGCUGCUGAGAUCGUAUGCCCUGCUGCUCCUGCUGCUGCUGCUGCUGCUGCUCCCGGGGACAACAGAAGCAGCAUUUCUGAACCUAUGGCAGCAGAGUCUGCUGCUGCAGCAGACACACAGCCAGCAGCAGCAACAAGCCUAGCAGCAGCAGCAGGACCCGGAGGUCCAGGGGGACAGCAGCAGCAGCAGCUGCAGCAGCAGCAGCAGCACUCUGAGCGGCGGGCGAGGAAGAAGGUGCAGAACGCUCCAGUUGAUAGGACAGCAAAAAGAGAAGCAGCAGACAAGUCGGAGCAGCAGCAGCAGCAGCAGCAACAGCAGCAGCAGCAGCAGGCGGCAGUGCCCGUCAGCACUUCCCAACCAGAGGCUCCUCCUGUCUCGCCAACAGCAGCAGCAGCAACCCCUACAGCAGCAGCAGUACCACCACCACCAGCAGCAGCAGCAGGAACAGCAGCAGCAGCAGCAGAGUUUCAGCAGCAUAAGGGCGGCCGUCCGUCUGCGGCUGGCAGCAGCAGAAGGGAGUCUGCUGCUGCAGCUGCUGCUGCUGCAGCAGCAGCAGACAGCUCGAGGCCAGUCGAAGCGGUAUCAGGCGAGCAGCAGCAGCAGCCACAGCAGCAGCAGCAGCAGCAGCAGCAGCCGAAGUCUCAGCGGAAGGAUCGCCAGAGCGAGUUUCCUGCUGAUGCUGCAACUGCUGCAGCAGCAGCAGCAGCAGAUCAGGAGCAGCAGCAGCAAAGCAUGGCAGCAGCAAGGAGACCAUCAGCAUCUACAAACGGCCUGCUGAGUCCUGCUGAUGCAGCAACAACAGCAGCAACAGCAAGUGCUGCUGCUGCUGGCAGCAGGAGACCCUCACGCCUAGGCAGCCCCCACCAAGGCAGAAGCCCGCGGGGGAGCCUCAGUGCGCAGCAGCAGCAGCAGCAGCAGCAGCAGCAGCAGCAGCAGCAGCAGGCGAGUCGGAUCGCGAGUAAGGCUGAAGCUCUGGCUGGGGGUGAUUCACUGCAGCAGCAGCAACAGCAGCAGCAGCACCAGCAGCAGCAGCACCAGCAUAAGAGGGAGGGAAGCCAGAGCCCCUCCGCAGCACCUGCAGCAGCAGCAGCAGCAGCAGCUACGUCCGGAUCAGCAGCAGCACCAGCAGCAGCAGCAGGCGAGAAGCAGAGCAGAGAAGGAGACGCAGCAGCAGCAGCAGGAACAGCAGCAGCAGCAGACACUCCGCCCUCAACAGCAACAGCAGUCCCCUCCCAUACAUCUGAGGCUUCGGGAGGCUUCUCGCCGCUGCGUGCUGCGGAGACAGCAGCAGCAGCAGCAGCAGCAGCAGCAACAGCAGCAGCAGCAACAGCGACACCCCAGCAGAAGAUCAUGGGGCGGACUCUGGAUGCCUUCCCAGCUGAACCAGCAGCAGCAGCACCAGCAGCAGCAGCAGCAGCAGCUGCAGCAGCAGCAGCAGCAGCAGCAACAGACAUGCCAUUUAUGAGGCGAGGAAUGUCCCCUGCAGCAGCAGCAGCAGCAGCAGCACCAGCACCCCCACCAGCAGCAGCAGCAGCAGCAGCAGCAACAGGAUUAUACUCUAUUGCUGAGCUGGUGCGGCUCUAUAAGAACCUGAAACCCCACAUAAAGUCCCCCGACUGGCGCUUCUGCUGCGGAGACAUGGAGGACCUGCGGAGACAGGGGGGCAGCAGCAGCAGCAGCAGCAGCAGCAGCAACAACAACAACAAUAUAGGGGGGCUCGGAGGCGCGAGAGACUGGCAGCGGCGUACUGGGGGCCCUGCUGCUGCAGGCAGCAGCAGCAGCAGCAGCAGCAGCAGCAGCAGCGGCUUGAAUGGCUUGGGUGCUAACAGUCUCUUUGGGGGUCUGAGGAGACCAGGUGGAGCAGCAGCAGCAGCAGGCAGCAGCAGCAGCAGCAGCAGCAGCAGCAGCAGCAACAACAACUCUUUCAGGUGUCUUAGGGGCCCAGGAGAAAUAGAAGGAGGAGACAGACAAGGAGACAGCCGCCUCUCUGUUGGUGGUGCUGCAGCAGCAACCACAUCCCAAUGGAGAUCGACAGGAGGGGGUACUGGCGGGGGCCCCUCGCGGGGGGGCCUCGGGGUCGCCCCACCGACGGCUACUCAAAGCUCAGCGGCUUCUUCGGCAAUAGACCCCCACCACCAACCAGAGACCCGCAUGUAA